AUGCCGCUGUGUCUCACUUUCAUCGAUUUAAAGAAACCCUUUGAUACAAUUGAGACCGAAGCAGUCAUUGAGGCAUUGGACAACCAAGGCGUCCGUACUCCAUACAUAAAGAUACUUCGUGAAUUGUAUAGCAAAUCCACUACUAAAAUUUCCCCAUUCUACACUGAUGUCAUAAUCGACGUGAAGAGAGGGCUUCGUCAGGGUGACGCAAUUUCACCCAAAAUAUUCAGUGGCAUUCUCAAGAACGCGAUGCGAGUAUUGCAUCAACCAGGUGGUAUGCUGGCCGGAUUUAAUGAAACGUGUAAUAAGAUCGGUCUUCAGCUGAACAUAGGCAAGACUAUGUUUAUGAGGAACGGAUUGGUUUGUGAUGCCCCAUUCUCGCUCAACGGAAAGAACAUAUCCGAGUGCUCCAGCUAUGUAUAUCUAGGUCGGGAAAUUAACAUGAUGAACGGCCUGACUCUCGAGCAGGGCAGAAGGAAACGAGCGGCUUGGGGAGCGUACAAGAGCAUCGAGGAUGUAGUGAAGAAGACCAGGAACACUCGGCUCCGUGCCCACCUUUUUGACACCACCGUACUUUCUGCCUUGACCUACGCUUUAUAA